GAAGUUGGAUGGCAGUUGGUGAAAGUAUUCACUGCGGCCUUUACUCUACUUUUUAAAAAUAUAUAUAUAUAUAUGUCCAUAAAUGUGGCUCGAAGUAAACGCGUGUGAAGACCCCAGUCCCCGACUGAAGGGUUGUUGUGGAGGGGGAAGUUCUCCCCAUUUCCUCGGGGACAAUGUGAAGUAAUUUAUGUGGGAGUGACCGGGACGGUUGGAGAUUUAUUUACCGCUGAUGAUGGAAAUGGAAAAGUUGGAGGCAGAUGGCGAGAGGAUGGAGAACCGGUGCGUGAAGCACCACUGAGAAAAACCGGGGGGUGAAGACAUUAAAACCAAAGCGAAAACAAGAAGGAAGAUUACUGCCUGAAUGGCUCUUGAUUGGGAGAGGGGCGCAUGCAGUGGGACCUGGCCAUCCUUGUGCACCAGAUGCUGAAGAUAUUAGAUGAGGAGUCCUUAUGACAAAUAUGAGCUGGGCCUUCUUAACACGUCUUCUUGAAGAAAUCCACAAUCAUUCCACCUUUGUUGGCAAGGUAUGGCUGACAGUGCUGAUUAUUUUCCGCAUUGUGCUGACUGCAGUUGGAGGGGAGUCUAUAUAUUCUGAUGAACAGAGCAAAUUUGUCUGUAACACCAAACAGCCUGGGUGUGAGAAUGUCUGCUAUGAUGCAUUUGCACCUCUCUCCCACGUGAGGUUCUGGGUUUUUCAGAUCAUCAUGAUAUCUACCCCAUCUGUAAUGUAUCUUGGCUAUGCCAUCCACAAGAUUGCCAGAUCUACCGAAGAAGAAAAGAAGAACAAGUUCUUCAAGAAAAAAAGACUGCCAACAGUACGAUGGCAAGUCCACCGUAAUUCAGAGCAAACAGAGGAUGAGGAUGAGGAGGAGCCAAUGAUCAAUGAUGAAACAGCAAGUGAGAAAAGAGUCAGUAGUAAUGAAAAGCAUGAUGGAAGACGACGCAUUUUGCAAGAAGGUCUUAUGAAAAUGUAUGUUUUCCAGUUGAUUUUCAGGGCGCUAUUUGAGGUGGCCUUCCUUCUGGGACAAUAUUUUCUAUAUGGAUUUGAAGUUAAUCCAUCCUAUGUCUGUACUAGAAUUCCCUGUCCUCACACUGUGGACUGCUUUGUCUCAAGGCCGACAGAGAAGACAGUUUUCCUCAUUGUAAUGUAUGUAGUCAGCUGCCUUUGCCUAAUUCUUAAUAUCUGUGAGAUGUUCCAUCUGGGCUUUGGAACCAUCAGAGAUAUAAUCCGUAGCAAACGGCGCAACCAGAGCAACAUGCGACCUUUCCCCUACCAUUAUCCUCGGAACAUUCCAUUAUCGCCACCUGGCUACAAUCUGGUGGUCAAAUCGGACAAAUCCACCAAGGUUCCAAAUGGUCUUGUGGCUCAUGAGCAAAACUUAGCUAAUGUAGCCCAAGAACAACAGCCCACUAGUCCAGAUGACAACAUCCCGCCUGACUUGGCCAGACUCCACAAGCACCUGAAAGAUGCCCAGGAACAGUUGGACAUUGCUUUUCAGAGUUAUAACAGUCAAGAGAAUGCACUCAAAUCCAGGACCAGCAGCCCAACAUCAGGAGGUACUGUAGUGGAGCAAAACCAUGUCAACACUGCUCAUGAGAAACAGGGUGCUAAGCCCAAACCUGUCUCAGAGAAAGGCAGCUCCAGUAGCAAAUCUGGAGAUGGAAAAACAUCAGUUUGGAUUUAACUUCUGUUUAUAGUCAAUUAAGUUUACAAUAGUCCCUUAAAAAAGGCAGUAGCCACUUUCUGCACAUUUUACUACAGUCUAUUUUAUUUUAGAUAACCAACAUAAUAACAAUACAGCUUCUUGGGUUAUAAGAUUAGUGAGACAAGGCUCCCAGUGUGAAAUCUGGUUCAAUGAUGGUGCAAAUCAGAAAAUUGAAACCAGAUGCCAGAGGUGGUGUUGCUGAUUUCCUAGCCAUCAAAAUCGAUGAUUGCAAAACUGAGAGGCCCACAAAUCAUAUAUAGAAAUUGUUUUACUAAUCAUUUGGUCCUAUUGAACAGAGCCUUAUGUUGGGCUCAUAGUGCUGUCCCUCUCAACUCCCCAUAAACCACUAGGUAUCUGAUUGUACUCAAAUUUAAAAUGGAGUAACAUAUAGAGUUACUGCAUUAAGAAUGCAUGCAUUUGUAGUGAUAAAGAUUAUAGUUGUUUUCACUUGAAAAUUUAAAUAGUUGUUGGGUCGCUAUUAAUUUUCUUUACCUGAUUCACUGUGUGCCUAUUUUGCAGGAGACAAACCAUUGACUCCAUUAUGGCUACAAAUGAUUAAACCGCAACUAUCAUUUUACUUAUCAUCCAAUUUCUUUUAGUAGCCACUUCACCUUAUGGUAAUGGAUUGGUUCAAAAUGUCAGGACUUUGACGAACUGUAAAAGGGAAAUAUAAACACUGAUAUGCUUUAGAAAAGACAAACUCUCCAGCCACAUUGUUUGUUGUCCUUUGCUUGCUAAAAAAAAUUUGUCCUAUCUAAUACUCUUUACUCUCUUUUGGUUCAAAAUCUAGGACAAUUUCAUGCUGUAUCGCUCUUGUCUCAAUUUCUGUAGAGUUUGUGCAUUUCUUUAACCUUGAUGAAAUGACCUCAUCUUAUAAUGUGAACAUUUCAUAGAUAAAAUAGUUUCAUUUUCAAAGAAAAUCAAAUAUACCUGCGUUAAAUGUAAAAAAGCUAUGCAUCUUUGUCCUAAAAGGCAUAUAGAGUAUGGGAGGAAGGGAAAUUUGACAUGUUGUCUGAGCAAUGUCAGGAAGUGUGUGUGUAGAAACAUUUGUAGAUUGGACAUUCUCAACUUUAUGAUUAAGGAUUGAGGAAAUUAUAUGAAAAAGUGUUGAUGGGAAGAGGAGUUGGGAAGUGCAAGCCUUUUAUUUAAAAAAAAGGGCAGACAAAUUUGAAGGAAUGUUGCCAUUGUCUUAAGAUGCCACUUUAGAAUUUUGGUUCUGCAGUAGCUUUAUCACACAAUGGUGUUCGUUAGUGAAGUGCAUUAAUCCUAAUUCAGGUUCAUCUAAUAACAAUAAUAACCGAUUUGUACGCUGCAUUUCAACAUUAAAGCUUAUGCUACACUGCACUUUAGCCUCAAGUGACAGUUGAAACUAUGCACAGAAUAAGUGUUGUUGUUUCCUCUUCCAACCAUUCAUAUGACCAGGAAAAACAAAUCCAAAUUGUUUAAGAAUUAAUCUUUUUGAAACUCUGACUUACAAAAAUCCUUAAUUAGAAACAGAAAAUGUUUGAAAUGCACAGCCGGCUAAUUGAAAAAUUUUACAGUAGAGAAGAACGCACUUGCAGUGGCUCUGCUUGGUGCCUGCCAAGUACCAGAUGUUUGAAGUGUGAUCCUUCAUCAUAAUGUAUGAUGGUAUUGUGAAAACAGAUUGAAAUAGAUAAACAGAAACAAAAAAUGAUGGCAAUAAUAAUGCUUUGUUUACAUAAGGUUCAAAAAUCAAUUAAACUGCAUGGGUUUCAGCAGAGGAUUAAUCAACUGUUGGAAGUUACUGCCCAGAAUGAUCAGGAUAAACUGCUACUCCUAUAUGAUAACUGAAUCUCACAAGGCGAGGUCAUGUGUGCCACAUUGCAGUUCAAACAAAUUUUGUUUAUCAAAGUCUAAGUUUAUUUCACGUCACGCUAAAUGAUAUAAAGCACGUAACUAAGCUUUUCCCAAGUUAUUUGCCAGUUUGCCAUCUGGAAUUUUAAACUUAUCACCAUCCCUUUCACACUGAAGCUCAGUUUUCAGGGAGUCAGAAGUAGAAUCCAUUGUCAGUGUCACAAUAAAGCCCAAUCAUGUAAUAUCCAUGCAGUGAUUUUAGCAACAGUCUGAAUAGUUCACAUGUUUUGAUUGUGAACAGUGAUGCAUUUGUUUAUCAGAUUAUACUUUUAGCCCACUGGUCUCCUUAGAUUGUUCACCAGGUAAGACUGAGAAAAUAACUAAGCUUUAUGUUACUUGCUUCUCAACCUCCCGAUACAUUUCUUUGAGCCAUUUAGUAAAAUUACAGAAUUGCCAGGGAUUAGCGUUAUCCUGAGAGAAGAUCGUGAUUUCUACUUCUCCCUUUCCUUCCUUCUGUUAAAGUUGAAGAUUUUUCCUUAAGAUUUAUCCACAAUGCAGCCAAAAUCAGAAACUGAGUAGCUGGGAGAAUUGUUUCUCCAUCCAGCAAUGUUCAGUGCAACAUUGGGCAUUAGGCUUUCCAAUUUAAAAAUUAUGUUGAACAGGAAAGUAAAGCAUUCUUGGUGCACCAGACUUUUCAGUUUAUCACCAUGCAAGAUGCAGAAUGCACAUUAUUGCUUUUCAAUCCCAAUUCAGAAAUUUUUAUAUUUUGUUAUUGAUUAAUAAAUACAUUGUUCUUUCACUCCUCUCUCUGACUAAUAUCACAAUAUGAUGUUAUGCUCCUAAUCAAACAACCGAGCGUGGAAAUGUAACUAAGCUGAUCUUUUGAGAACUGGAUUGACUUGCUGUGCUUUUCUCACACUUUCUCUUUAUAUUUAUGAUUUACUGGCAUUGUUUAUUCUUAAAACUAUACCAUAAUUUAUUGAUUAAAAGGCAAAUGUGGCCUUUUAAGUAUGUACUCGAAAUAAUGGGACAAUGAAUGGAUUGAAUGGAAAUACAAACCCAUAAGAACUGGUUUAUGACGUCUGAACAAUAGUCAUCAGAUCACAAAUGUGUAUUGGCAGUAAGUUGCCCAGUUGAUGAUGUUAUACGCUGUGAACUUUAUUUUCCAAUGCACUGAAAAUCAGGAUCAAUUUGUUUGCUUAUUUGGCACUUGUCAUUUAUAGACUGUAUUAUAGUUUUUGUUUUAAACAUAUAUUCUUUUUACUAAGUGCCUUAGCUCAUGAAAAUAAAUUCUUUAGAUGUAAAUUUUUACGAUGAAAAAUGACAGCACAAAACAGUAAUUACAUUCUUCGAUCUAGAGGGUUUGCAUUUAUAUUAUGGAAAGAAAUGUUUAUACAUCAGAUGAGAUUUUGAAAGGAAAUUUGAAUUCAAUGGCUUAGCUAACUAUUUCUAGCUCAGAUUUUUUUCCCUGCAUACAGUAAUUCUUUCUAAAAUUACACAAAUGCUGGAAAUGCACAGCAGAUUGAUCAGGAUCUGGAAGAAAUAAAUUAAUGUUUCAGGUAAGACUCACAGUGCAUUUACAGCAUGUCACGUCAAUUUACAACAUUUUUAGUUUUAUAUCUAUAUAUUAUAUAAAUGUUAAAUUUUAUAUUGUGUAUUUGUACAUGAUCUGUACAUAUUGAGUUGUAGGUUACCUGAAAAUAGAGAUGAACAAAUCUCAAUCCAGUUAUGACGAACGGUCACUGGACCUGAAACGUUAAUUCUGUGUUCUAUCUACAGAUGCUGCCAGACCCGCUGACUUUUUCCAGCAAUUUGUGGUUUUUAAACAACAAUCUAUGUUGGUCUGAACCGAGCUGGGUUAAGUCUGAGCUAAGAAUUUCAGAAGAUGCUUGAAGGAGUUAGAAACAAAAAGCUGCGCUUUGUAUUAUUAGCACAUAGACACAUGGCACGUUUGUAUGACACUUUUUAAUUACUGCCUCUCAAUGAACAUGGAUUGUCAUAAAAAUGCACUAACCAUCCAUGUGCUAACAUUGCAAAGCCUAAUGUUUGAACUGUAGAUAAUGGGAUCCCAUGGAACAUAUUUGAAUGAACAAACAAGCUAUAACAUUUUUAUCAAAAGCACUUCUGAUAACAAUGGCUGGUUUUUCCACUUCUGUAAUUCUUUGACCAUAGGUGAGUUGUGGAAUGGUAACCUUCAUCACCAGGUCUUGUAGAAUUAAUUAGGGCAUCUCCCAAGCCAGAAGGAUCAAGAGUAUCACUCCACGCCAUUCUGAGCUAGAUUGCCCACUGAGCUCGUGGUGGCUGGACUACAAUAAUUGAUCUCAACGACCCAAGGUUAAGGCAGGAGAAAAUUCAAAUUGUGAUCUUUUUGCUGAUCAUUAUUGAAUGACACCUGCUGCACAAACACAUUCAACUGUAACUUCCUCUAUAAUUGAAUAAUAUAAAGACAUUCACUAAUUAUAUCUAUCUAUAAUGAUUACUUACAUGAUAUAUUGGAAGUGAAAAUCGUUUUCAAGGAAUUAUAUUUGAGCAUGAUUAGAAAAUAAUAGGAGAAUCAAACCCUUAAUAGUUGAUGUAGCUAUUUUCAGAUAGAAAUUAAACAUUUUUUUUACUAAUUCAUGAGACUUGGCAUCACCAGUAAAGUCAUUAGUUGUCUAUUCCCUCGUUGCUCUUGGAACUGAAUGGUUUGCUAUACCAUUUCAGAGUGCAGUUAAAACACAUUGUUGUAGGUCUGGAAUAACCCACAGGCCAGACCAGGUGAGGACAGUAUAGUUCCUUGUCUAAAGAUCAUUAAUGACUUAGAUUUUGCAGAAAGAUCACAGCAAUAUCACAAACAUUUUUUUUUCUGAGUCAUCUGUUGUUGUCUUAAACAUUGUAAAAAAUAAUGCAAUUGAGGCAUGAUUUAAGUCACUUUCCAUGGCACUUUUUCAAGCAGUAAAGGAGUGCAAGUUUCUUGAGAAACCAGUUUUUUAAAACAAAUUUUUUAUUUAUAUUAAGAAUUCGAUGUCGUUUUAGUCAUAUUUCAUUGAAAAACAGAGAAAACAUGGACUGACCAACUUGUUGGCUAUUCAUUGGGAGAAGAAUUAAAAUGUAGAUAAUUUGCUACUGAAAUAGAAUGGUCCAUUGUUAAUUUGUGCUGGUAAUAGUAGAUAGCCAAUUAACAGAUGAUUAUAUCAGUUGUAUUGUGUUAACUGGAUUAUACUUAAAAUUAAAUGCACUAGUGGGUGAUUCAAAAUACGAGAGUAUGAAAUAAAAUUACAGCAAAAAGCCCCUUUUCCAAUGCAGUUUCACAAUGUUGUAGGGUUGAAAAGAAACAUCUGCCACAUAAAAGGCAAUGACAGUCAAUUUGAAAUUGGUAACAGUUUUUGACAUUUUAGUCAUUUGAGAUUGUGACCGAGGUUGAGCUACGUCAAGGCAAUCAGAUAGCACAAAUGUAAAACUUAUGCUGGAGUUCAGCUACCUUGAUUCUGCAGAAGCCCAGACACCAGCAGUAAUUGGUACUAGUGCCAUUUGAACAUUGAGUAUUCUGGUAAAGGAGGAUGAUGUAAUUAAUUUGCAUCAAUGGCCAAGAUCAAUUUCACACCAGUUGUCCUUUGUUACAGAAAUUCCUAAUUUUCAUAACAAUUGGAAGCAAGCAGGUGGAUGAUCUGCUUCAACUUUUAGACUCAACAUACUGUUGAGAAUUUGGAUGUAAGACAUUUUGGCAUCUUAUAGAAUCAUAUUUCUAUUGUGACAAUAUUCCUUGUGCAUCUCAAAAAGAUGAUUGAAUUACUGCCAGUUUUCCUUAACUAUAUAGGAUCUGAAAUUCCACGAACUUCCCCAUUGGCAGAAUAUGGAUAUCAGAGAAGUAACUGUUUUCAGUCAAUAGUGUUAUUUCUUUGGAGUUUCUGCCCAUCUCCCGUUUCGGCCCCUCUCCCAAUUCUGCCAAUGGAGUUUCCUGUGAAAAGUAUAAAUUUCAGUCUGUAAAACUAAGUUGUUGUGUAACACAUUCAGUGGCUGUUUAAAAAAAAUUGUGCCACAAAAUUCCACUUCUGGGCUCAUGAUGUACACACCUCUAGUGUUAACUCUAUAUAAGAUGCACUAGGGGUCCCAUAAGUUACCAGUUGUCUGUGGCUGUGAAGAGAGCUCAGAGAUUAUUAGGUCCCUUGUCUGUUACCCUUUGGUGAUACCCUUUCAAGUUUCUUUUUAAGGAGAAAAAUAAUAAAAUUAUAACAAAAAAAUCUAACCAGGGCCUGAACCCCCUCCAAGCACCCCCAACACAGCCCAGUGCUGGGCCUGCUAUAUCUGAGGCCAGCAUAUUUCUUCCUUCACAUUGUUUCAGUCUCCUAUUUUGCAUCAGACUGCUGAAAGAUGAACUCCCAAUGUGAAGAGCCCUACUUCUUAGCUUCGUCCUUUUGACUUCUUCACCUUUGUGUGGGAAAAUUGGAUGCCAUAAUUCCAAAACAAGGGCAGUGAAAAUUCCUGUAACGUGUAUCCAAGUACUGACCAAAUUUGCACCAUUUUUGUGAACUGUGAUUGAACUUUGAGCUGGAAUCCAUAACAGUCCUCUAGCUGUGUCAAAUCCACACAACAUCCUUGUGUCCAAAGUUGCAGUACUGAUCACUAUUUGAUUUAAUUCUAAGUGCCAGAAAUCAAAAUGUCUUUUGCUAGAGUACAUCUUAGGAAACAGAAAAUCCAAGUUAGCACCAUUGGACAAUAAAUUACAUGCUUGAAAAAGAAUAAUCUUAAUAAUGAUCUUCAAUCAUUAUACAAAUGGAAUUAAUAAUUAAAUAAAGUUUAUUAACACCAUUAUUAAUUAAUCAUAAAUAAUCAAUAAAUGUUCUCAACAUAAAGUCUAUUACAUAGGCAGCAGAAAAGAGAAAAAAUUGGAACUACAGACCUUAAGUCUGCUGUAUCAAAAAACAUUUAUGCAGUUUAUUUUUUAAAAUGCAAAAUCUAUUUGACUAGCAUCUGUAUUUAGUUCUGUUUUGUACAUACAUUUAGGCCAAACUUACAUCUAUUGACCGAUGAGCCUAAUGGCAAUUCUCAAUGGUACAAUAAUCUCUAAAAACUAGGGUUGCACCAUGUCUAAGAUUUCCCAAAAACUGUCAGAUGUUCUGAAGACCACAGUCUGUCAAUGCAGCUGUUGUAUGAACAAUACCACUCACUUCUUUCCAGACAGUUGAUUAGUCUGUUACACAGUUAACAGAAUAACAAACUUUUGUUGCCUUCCGUUAGGUGAUGGGUUUCACCUGCAAAAAGAAAUUGACCUUUACAGAUACAGCCACUAUGAAUAUAGGGUAAGAAUUAAGAAAUGAACAAGAUAGAUUUCUUUCCUAAUUCAAAGUAAAGUGGUUCAUUAAGUGUAAAUACCACAUUCUAUCUCAUAACUGUAAGCUAUUUCAUGAUAAAAGAGGUGCCUUUCUGUCGCCUACUGGAUAAAUUAAUACAUGUGCUAAGUGUUUUAUCUUCAAAGCUGUCUACAUUCCUCCAACCUGGAAGAUACUUGAAUUGAUCAAGAGGAAAAUAACAUGCUUCUUUUAGCCUCUGAUUUUCUUCAGAGGGGUUUUAAUAAAGUAACCCCAUGUAUGAUGUGAUUUUUUUAAAAAAGAAAAACUGUUAUCCAGUUGCUAACACUGUUUCUGGGAGGGAGAUAAAAUACAAGCAAUAACGUGCACAAUAUGCUCGUUCACUGUGUCCUGAUGCAUAACGAGCACUGAAACCUUUAAAUUAAAUGAACAGAGCUAGUGGUAGAAAAUGUGCUAUCAGCAAAUUCAUCAUCAAAGCAAACACAUCACUUGUUUUUGAAACAUCUGUCCUCCUCUUGGAUGAAAAGAAGUGUCAAUUUUAAUCCAGUUUUCAUUUUUCUGCUUG